UGGGUCAGAACUUGGCCAGACCCCUCCGCACCCUCGGUCCCGGACCGCCGCCCGGGUCUGAACUUGUUCUGACCCCGGCCGCCUCCUUGUCCUAGGCGAAUCAGAACCCGUUCGCCGCUACCACUGCUUGGCCCCCUUGAUUUGGCAUUUCGGCUAGCUGGAAGCCGGGACCCCACCCGCUGCCCUGUCCCAGGGCACCAUACUCUCCCAUAGCCCGCGUCCUUGGUCCGGCUCCCCGAGGGCACAUUGGUUGCAGCGGGCUUUGCUCCCGGUCCUCGCCUUCUGGAAGUCUACGCUGUAUGUGCCGGGGAGGCUGCAGGCGGGCCGGGCCCUCGCCCUCGGGAGAAGAGAAAAGCAGAGGCCGACUGGGCUUGUAAUUUCCGAGGUGCCUUGGGCUUGGGCUAGGUAAGCCCUCCGCACCGAACACUGCACGGAACCCUACAGAAGCGUGGGAGAAAGCAGGAAACACCCCAGGAAGAAGGUUCUCUGAAAUACACCCCUGCUUGGAAGUAAUGCUGGAGAAUUGCCUCUGAGGGCUGAGCUGGAGCUGUCUGAACGAGGUCAUGUAACAAGCUAGAGGCAGAGAGAAGAUUCUGGGCUGAGGAUCACUCCAGGUGCUUCAGGGGGUCUAGACUCUGACCCCGAGCUUUCAGCCUUAUUGGUGGGAAGUUAUGACAACAGUAACCUGUACCCAUCCAGCAGAGCACUAUCCUCAGAACAGCUCUUAGAGAUUGUAUGGGGAAACUGAAAACUGAGAAGAUAAGGGACUGACUGAAGGUCGCACAGCUAACGAGAGUCAUCCUGACUCCAACUCCAGCACUCUCCGUGCCUUGCCACCAGACUGCCUCUAGCAAGAUGACCUUAUCUGACUGUGUAUGGGACAUUCAGCAUCACUAUUCCCCCACCUGUCUAGUGAGAGAAGAAAAGAUUUAGGCUCAGACAGGCUGGGAUUUGAACCUAGGCCUCCCGAUUCCCAGGCCUGAGCUCUCCUUCAGGUCUUGUCAUCUGUUUUCUGUGACCAGGAUUGUGUUGCCUGUGAGGUGGCUGUGCCCCCUGCAGAGGAGGUGCCCUUGGGCAGUGGAACUUUGGACGACAACUGGGACAGGCCUUUGAACUACAGGAGAGAGCUGGGGAGAACAUUUCCUUUUGAUCCCACAGGGAACAAUUCAUAGGCCCUAAGGUGCACAGAGGCUGGAUGGGGCUCUGAGGACGAGUUCCCAGGGCUGCGGGCAAGAGGAUGGUGAGACAUCAGCCCUUACAGUAUUACGAACCCCAGCUCUGCCUGUCAUGCCUCACCGGGAUCUAUGGUUGCCGAUGGAAACGGUACCAGCGGUCACAUGAUGACACUACUCCAUGGGAACGUCUCUGGUUCCUGAUUCUUGUCUUCACCUUCUUCCUCACCCUGACCUGGUUCUAUUUCUGGUGGGAAGUUGACAAUGACUACAAUGAAUUCAACUGGUUCCUCUAUAACCGGAUGGGAUACUGGAGUGACUGGUCCAUUCCUAUUCUUUUGACCACUGCCACUGGCUUCACGUACAUCACAGGAUUGUUGAUCCUGGCCCUCUGUCACAUUGUUGUGGGACAGCAGAUGCACCUUCACUGGCUUCAUAAGGUAGCGCUGACCGUAGCCUUGAUUGCGACCCUUGUAGCGGUGUCUUCUGUAGCCCAGCUCUGGGACGAUGAGUGGGCCGUGCUGCUAAUAUCAUUGCAAGGCACAGCCCCAUUCCUGCACAUCGGGGCCCUGAUAGCUGUAACCACUCUCUCCUGGAUUGUGGCAGGCCAGUUUGCGAGAGCUGAAAAAGUCUCCUCACAGAUGGUCAUCUUCACCGCCUACUUCGCAGUGGUGUUUGUGCUCUACCUGAUCCCCCUCUCCAUCUCCUCCCCCUGCAUCAUGGAGAAGAAAGACCUGAGCCCUAAGCCCGCCAUCAUUGGCCACCGAGGAGCGCCCAUGCUGGCUCCAGAACAUACAUUGAUGUCCUUCCAGAAGGCCAGGGAGCAGAAGCUCUAUGGGGUCCAAGUUGAUGUGACCAUCAGCCUGGAUGGUGUUCCAUUCCUCAUGCAUGACACUACACUGCGCCGCACAACCAAUGUGGAUGAAGCCCUCCCAGACCUGGCCCGACGGCCUGCCUCCAUGUUCAACUGGACUGACCUGAAGCAGCUCAAUGCAGGAGAAUGGUUCCUCAAGACUGACCCCUUCUGGACCGUGCACUCACUGUCAGCCUCUGACUACAGGGAAGCACAGAACCAGUCCAUUUGCAAAUUGACUGACCUCUUGGAACUGGCCAAAGGGAACAUGACCCUGCUGCUCAACCUUUGGGAUCUGCCCCAUGACCACCCCUACAGGGGCACCUUCUUCAAUGUCACUCUGGAUGCUAUCCUCCGCUCUGGCCUCCCACAACACCUGGUUAUGUGGCUGCCCAGCAGACAAAGGCCAUUGGUAGAGAAAGUAGCCCCAGGCUUCCAGCAGACCUCAGACAUCAAAGAGACAGUUGCCGGUCUACGACGUGAGCACAUUCAGAAACUGAACUUACGCUACACUCAGGUCUCCAGCCAGGACAUCAGGGACUGCUCUGCGUGGAACCUGAGCGUGAACCUCUACACGGUCAAUGAGCCCUGGCUCUUCUCCCUCCUGUGGUGCUCAGGUGUCCAGUCUGUCACAUCUGACAACUCCCAAACCCUGUCCAAGGUGCCUUCCCCCAUCUGGAUCAUGGCCCCGGACGAGUACUGUCUCAUCUGGAUCACAGCUGACUUGGUCUCCUUCACACUCAUCGUGGGCAUUUUCGUACUUCAGAAGUGGCGACUGGGCAGCAUCCGGACCUACAACCCAGAACAGAUCAUGCUCAGUGCAGCUGUGCGUAGGACCAGCCGUGAUGUCAAGAUCAUGAAAGAGAAGUUGAUCUUUUCAGAAAUCAGCGAUGGUGUAGAGAACACGGAUGAGCUCUCCAUGUGUUCCGAAAAUGGCUUUUCCAAUGAUGUCCUCACCCCUGUGGAGCCCAAGACACGCCCUGGCAGAGGAGGACGCUAACCCUGAAAGAUUCAGUGUCCCCAGCCCAUUCCUACCCUUCCAGCCAAGCAUGGGAAGGGCCACUGGGCCCCAUGGCCUGGCCUGUAAAUAUGUAGAAAGCCCUCUGAGAGCUGGUGGUAUAUGUAGGAAGUUGGAGUGCAAGGCAGAGACCAGCAGAAAGUACCCCAUGCAGGUCCCCAUACUGGCUCCAGUGGGGACAUCAAGGUGACAUGGAGAAAGAGUUGUCAAGAUGCCUUCCCCAACCCCUCAGCUCUGCCUUCACCCACGUUCUCAGUUAGCACCAACCUGUUAGAGUCCUCUUUGGCCAAGCACCUCAUCCCUGUAUAUGUUCUGGGUGGUCAGAAUCAAGAGCCAAGCUGUCCUUGGCCCUGGUCAUAGAGGGAGGCUACAGUCCCUAUGGGAGGGAACCCUUCCUCUUAGGAGGUGCUUUGUUUCCGAACUCCUGGGAGGAGCAGAGACCACAGCCGUCACUGCCCCCAGCUGCUAUGAAGAUGGGGGUGGGGGCAUUCAGGAACUGAGUGCUCCUUGUCAGCCCCACAUGGGGGAAGCUAAGAGGAAACCCCAGACAGGACCUGACUCUUCUUUCCCCAUGCCCCAGGCAGAGAUGUUUCCUCAGUUAGCUCUGCCACCACAAUGGAACUACAAUACAAGAGGGUCCAGUAGUCAGGGCCACCUGGGACUCUUCCAAACCAGAGAGGGGAACAUAUGUGUGUGAGAUGUCUGUCUGUCUGUGCGCAUGAAUGAAAUUCAUUUUUUUAAAUUUUUAAAUACGGCCUCCAAGGGUAAUGGGCGCCCCCUCUGAUGAGUGCUGAAACAGCUCCAAUCACAAUGUAAAUAUGGAAGCACAAGUGGUAUCACUCCCUGCAGAAUCACUUAUUGAACAAGAAAAGAAAUGCCCUGUUUCUUGUGUUCUUGUGCCAUCCUGUGCCUAGCAGCAGAGGGCAGCCAGGGUGGCAGAGGGACAGGAGAUCAUUCCAGACAAGAUCAGUUGAAGCUGGGAAUGUUUAGCUUAGAAAAGAGAAGG